AUGCGAGUCACACUAUUUGUCCUCUCUAGCAUAUCUGCUAUAACCACAAUUGUCGCUUCGACGCUUCCGAUACCAGAGUCUGAGGAAGUACCUCCCAUUAUCAACCCGAUUGUCGAGCCAAUUGUCGGUUCAAUUCUGGAAUCAAAUAUCGGACCAGUCAUUGAACCAGGUGUUGAACCGGCUGUUGACCCUGUUAUCGAACCAAUUAUCGAGUCAAUUAUUGAACCAGACAACGAACAGACUGUCGAUCCCAUUAUCGAGCCAGCCAUAGACCCUAUUAUCGAGCCAGUUAUUGAACCAAUUGUCGAGUCAAUUGUUGAACCAAACAUCGAACCGACUGUUGACACUAUUAUCGAACCAGUCGUCGACCCUGUUAUCGACCCUAUUGUCGAACCAAUUAUUGAAUCAGCCGUGGAAUCAGCCGUGGAACUAGUCAUUGAAUCAGUCAUUGAACCAGCCAUUGAACCAGUUGUCGACCCUAUUGUUGAACCGGCUGUUGAUCCUAUCGUCGAGUCAAGUAUUAAGCUGGCUGCCGAACCAGUUAUCGACCCUAUCGACGAACCAGCCAUCGAACCAGUUAUUGCGCCAAUUGUCGACCCUCUUGUUGAGCCAAUUAUUGAACCAACUGUCGAGACAAUUGUUGAGCCCGUCAUCGACCCCAUCGUCGACCAGAUUCCCAUUCCAGAACCUCCUUCUCGCAGUUCUACUGGGGUGAUCCCAGAGGACCUCAAGAAUGCCAUGCAAGGGAUACAAAGCCUAGCGUCCGACGUGAUGCUGCAAGCGAACAACAUUGCAGGCGACGGUGUAAAGGUCCAGAUUAUUGGAAACACAUACUUGCGCUGCCAAGACAUGGUUGAUGAGAUUCAGGAGAUAUCCAGGACGAUCAGCCGUCCUCCCACGAUGCUUUUCAGCUGGGAGGAUCAAGGGGGUAUUUGCUCGGCCUUUGACUCGUUCGGCAUCAACCUAUCCAAACUCAUCACUGUGCUGUCUUUGGAACCCAAGAGCGUGGUGAGGGACGGCUUUGGCGAUCGAUUCAAAGAUUGCUUCGACGAGCUUCGACCAGUGUUGGGUUUGUUCAUCAAGCAGCUCAUAAUAUACACACCAACCUGCGAAGGUGAAAUGCUGAGGCGGAUAGAUCAACUGGAUGUGGCACUGAGCAAUGCCAAGAUGAGAAUGGAGGCUGCUCGGCAGAGCUAA